AUGGCAUCACUGCCGGAAUGUUUAUGUUUUGCUGAAGACGCGAAAAUAAAAGUUUCGGAAUCAAACAAGGAUUUCCGGUUCAGCCAGGAUGUGUCCUAGAAUCUGUACCAUUUGUAGGAAUGGCGCCUCAAAACUCAUAACGCAUCAUUUGUGCGAAUGCUGCUCGGAACGGUUCCUGAAAUGCGGCGGAACAGUAACCGGUUCUGUCGAUGGAAGCUAUCUAGAGCAGAAACCUCAGCUUUUAGACGAAACGAAAAACACUCUUGGUUUACAUAAAUGCGCCCUCUGCAAUGAUCGACAAACUUAUCAGGAGAGUCUCUACUGGAAGCAUGUGCAUGUGAGUUUCAAACCAGCCUUUUAUGAGCGCGUCACAAUCAAGCUCAGUUUCUGGUAGGGAUCGAGUGAUCUGAUAAAAAUCGAAAAAUCAAAUCAAGAAUUAAAUUACAUCAGCCACAUAUCAGUCAGGAUCCCUAU